AUGCAAGUCGAUCGUGCAAAAAGCAUCAUAGCGGGUACGCGCAUAGUAACGUUUGACAUUGAUCUUACUCUGGCGUACAUGGAUGAGGCAGUCGAGAAUGCCGAUCGCUUUUUAUUUGAUUAUGUAACAAAAUACUACCCAGAGCUGGGUAUUUCGUACCAAGAUGAAAUUAUGGACAUGAUGGACGAGCUACUGAGAAGCCGUAACUUUGAUUAUAAAAAUAUUGGCGAACUACGCAAGCAUGUGUUGUCCUCCUUUGUCGAAAAGUCCCCGUACGAUCCAUCCGUGACAGAGGAAUUGUUUGACGUAUGGAGAAAGGAGAGAAACAAGACCAAGUUGAUCCCCUACGCUCAAGAGCUCGUGGAACUUUUGCACAACCACGGCUUUCUUCUCGGAAUUAUCACCAACGGGACAGCCGAUCUGUCCUGCCAUCCGGACUUGAACAGUUUGUUUACCGCUUUUGUUAAUAGCGAUCUGUGCGGCGACCGGAAGCCAACUCGCGUACCGUUUGACAAGAUGAAAGAAAUCAUGGGGAUUUAUGAUUCCUCAAUGUAUAUGCACGUCGGCGAUGACUACAGUUCUGACGUGGAAGGAGCGCAUAAUUCAGGAUGGAAGUCAGUUCUCAUUUCACGCAGCUCGACACCUUACCCACAGGGAAAGAAAGCUCCCGAUCUGUGUGUAAAGUCGCUGCGAGACCUUUAUUUGUUGUUUAAGGCCGUUUUGGAAUAG